CAGUUCAAGGAGGUUCUCAGACCGGUCGAAGAUCCGCAGCUGGUGGUGUGCGUGUCACAGCAUCCAAAGAAACAUAUCUGUUUGUCGAUUACGUGCGAUUAAUUGUUUCACAUAAAAUUCGUUCGACAUAAAAAUCUCAAACAAAAGUUGAUGCGAGUUAUUUUAUAAGUGAAAGGUAAAUUCAGGAAAAAUCCAGUAGUUGAUAAAAUUGAAGGAAAAAUGCAGAUUAAAGAUAAACGAGUUAUAGUAACUGGAGCGGCAAAUGAUUUGGGUCUGGCAUUUAGCAGGGAACUGCUGCGGAAUGGCGCCUUGAUUAUAGCUUUAAUCGAUAUUCAGCAAUCUCUCGGAGAACAAACUGUAGAGAAUUUGAAUAAUGAGUUUGGCCGCAAACGUGCUAUAUUUUUGCAUUGCGAUAUGACGAAUAAUUCCCAAUUUGAUGCCACGUUUAAAGAGGCAAUUAACAUUCUCGGUGGAUUAGACAUUUUAAUAAAUAAUGUUGACGUGAUAAACGAAAUUAAUUUUUCUAAAGCUAUCGAUAUUAAUGUGACAACAGUAAUUCGUGGGACUCUUUUGGGAAUUCAACAAAUGCGGAAGGACUUUGAAGGCAAAGGCGGUGUCAUCGUAAAUAUUUCGUCCAUUGCCGGAUUAAGAGCAGUAUCACAUCUUCCGGUAUAUUCUGCUACGAAACACGCCGUAGUUAGUUUCAGCCGGUCUUUUGCACAACCUUAUCAUUAUAACAGAACCAAUGUAAAAGUAAUCGUUCUGUGUCCUGGUAUGACCGGUACACCAGUCUUGGAAGAUCUACCGCAAGAUAUUUCUAGCGCUGACAUUUUACAGAAGUAUCGACCGCAGAGAGUGGAGAGCGUCGCUCAUGGAUUAAUAUAUGUAAUUCGUUGCGCGCAAAACGGUAGCGUGUGGAUUAACGAGGAUGGAAAGCCAGUUUACGAGGUGCAGCUUCCCGACACUUUGCCGCAGAAAAAAACCGAAAUCGAUAUGAAGGAUAAUUAUCCAAGUCCGAUAUCAUUCCGCCGACGUUCAUCAGCAUCUGAAAGGGCGAAAGAAAUAGAAGCAAUCAAUUGUAUCGUUUCAGGGAAAAAUAUUUUAAUAACUGGAGGCGCAGCAGGAUUGGGUCACGCUUUCCUCAAUCAUUUUUUAAAACACGGAGCAAAUAAAGUAAUUAUAUUGGACAUCGAUAUUGAAGCCGGCAAACGGAUCGCACUCGGUAUCGAAAAAUCUUGCGGCGAAAAGAAGGUGCACUUUAUACACGCCGACGUAUCUAAUCACAAGCAAAUGUCUGACGCUUUCGAAGAAGCAUCUUCGUUGUUGGGAAGCAUUGACAUUGUGAUAAACAAUGCCGGAGUUUUGGACGAGCGACGAUGGGAAAAGGAAAUCGCGGUGAAUAUCGGUGGCAUGAUUAACACUGCGAUGUUAGCUAUGAAAUACAUGGGUAGAGAUACGGGCGGUCACGGUGGUGUCUUGGUGAAUGUGAGCCAACACACGGAUAUUCGAAACACAGCUCAGCUUCCGGUUUAUACUGCCACGAAACACGCCGUCAUUGGUUUAUCGGAAUCUCUUUCGGAUCCUUAUCGCUAUGAGAAGACCGGUGUUACUGUGAUAACUUUGUGUCCAGGAUUGACGGAAACCGCCCUUACGGUAGAUAGCCCCAACAAACUGCUCUCCAGAGUCAUGAAGGCGGAUUUCGUCAAAAAUCUUGAACAAUUCUCGAUACAGACACCUUAUGUAGUCGCGCAGGGUCUAAUGACGAUAUUGAGGAUCGGCGAAUCCGGCAGUAUUUGGGUCAUCGAGAACGGCAGAGCGCCUUACGAGAUUUACGUGCCGAAUCCGCAAACACUACGCCGUUACUACAAGAACAACUUUUCAUACGUCGACAUUAAGGUCGUGAAAGGUCGUGCGAUAAGGGAAGUCUGCGACAACAGUAGAACAGGCCUGAUGAGCUGCGCCUGAACGCACGCUGAUAAUUAAACAACAAGGGUUCAACUGUGAUCUCUCUCGCACUACUCCGAAAAUCGAAAAUCUUUUCGCGCAAAGUCUACGUGGCAUACGCGUUGUCAAACGGAGAGAUUUUGCAUGAAGACAUUUUAUGUAUAAAUAUAAUCGGAAAUGCAAAAAGGACGAAAUGUAGUUUUAAAGCGAAAAAUCGCCAAUUUCGCAAAAAAAAUCUGUUAUAUUCUUAUAACGAUAUCACGUAUCCUCCGUAGAUUAUUUUUUAUAUUAAAAAGUUUUAUGCGCAUUUUCUGUCAUCUGGCUAAACUGGUGCGCUGGUCCAUGUUUUUAUAAUUUUCUAACAUAUUGCAUACAUAUCUGAAUUAAUUUUUUUAUUUUUAAUCAAAACUUCCGAUUGUAUGUAGAUAUUUUUGUAAUAAAAAAAUUUAUAAUAAAUGAUUUAAAAAAUGACAUCGAUAUAUAGAAAUGAGAACUUAAAGUCUCUUGCAAAUUUUAUAAGUUUAUAUUAGCACUUUUAUACUUAAUUCCUUAAUUCUUUAGGCUGUAAAUUCCAAAAUUUAUUAUAAAUAGAGAGAAUGAUAUGGGAAUUUCGGUUACGUUGCUAUUAAAAGUUUGAUAGUUUCCAUAUGCACAUUAGCACAGUAUACGACAAUCACUUUCGAGCGAUUUAAACGCGCCAUUUAAAAACAAAACAUAGGCCCAUAUGGACAGAAAUAGAAAGGCUAUAAUUGCUCCCGGUAUGUUCAAGUCGCGAUAAACUAACGCGACCUGUUAAUCUGCGAAAGGACGAUAAUAAAUCACUCUAGUUAGUAUUCGCUUAUCAAGCAUUUAAAAAAACAUGGAUGUAGCGCGUGGAAGACGCAAUUUUUUACGCACAUUCUAAUCACAUCGUGUAUAAUACGCAGCGCAUUUCAGUAGCAUCAAGCACACGAUAGCCUCGUAUUUAACAUACGUUAAGAUCCUAUAUAUUAAAGACGUUAUAUAAUUCUAUUUA